ACUGGAUUCACAAAAAAUGAACCGAUGAGGCGGAGGAGCUGGAAGUGAUCGAGUCUUCUGAGUGUGAUCUGCUCGGAUUCCUCCAAACCACGGACAUAAUAGUAGUAUAUUAAACUGAAGGGAUUCCAGCUAUGAACAAACCUGCAGAAGAUGGAGCUUCCUUCUCAUCGAAGGUCAUCAGCAUCGUGUUUAUCAUCCUGUUACUGGACCUGCUGGGAUUUACUCUGAUUCUACCACUGCUGCCUUCAAUCCUGGAUCAUUACGCACAAACAGGGGACGUCACGUAUCAGUCUCUGCAGAGCGUUGUGGACUGGUUCAGAGAGGCUGUUGGGAUUCCCAUGGAAAAGAAAUACAACUCUGUUCUGUUUGGAGGUCUGAUCGGGUCGAUGUUUUCUUUGCUGCAGUUCUUGUCGUCGCCCGUGACGGGGGCUCUGUCUGACCGUUACGGCAGACGGCCCCUCCUCAUCCUGACCACCGUGGGGCUGACCUCCUCCUAUGCGGUCUGGGCUGUUUCCCGGAGCUUCAACAUGUUCCUUUUGUUUCGGGUAAUUGGGGGGAUUUGCAAGGGCAACGUGAGCCUCUGCACCGCCGUGGUGGCUGACCUGCCAUGUCCGAAAGCACGAAACAGAGGAAUGGCAAUGAUUGGCGUCGCCUUUUCUUUGGGGUUCACUUUCGGACCGCUGAUGGGAGCCUACAUCGCCAUCAGCUCCACAGCGACAGAAAAUGUUUUCUACCAGACCCCGGCUCUGCUCGCCUCGGCCUUCAGCGUCGCUGAUCUGCUUUUUAUUUGGCUGAUGCUGCCGGAGACGCUAACGAAGGAUGCGAAGGCUUCCUCUUCUGGACACGGGGGCUCCUGGGACCUCCUCAGUCCUCUGUCUUUGUUCCACUUUGCUGCCGUGACAAAAACCAAAUCCCCACCGUCACGAGACAGAAUGCAUUCACUCCAAGUAUUGGGUCUGGUUUAUUUCUGCUACCUCUUCCUGUUCUCCGGUCUGGAGUUCACCCUGAGCUUUUUGACCCACCAGCGCUUCCGGUUUACAAGUAUGCAGCAGGGAAAGAUGUUCUUCUUCAUUGGGGUCAUCAUGGCUCUAAUCCAGGGGGGAUACGCUCGGAGGAUCAAACCUGGGCAACACAUAAGUGCUGUUCAGCGGGCGAUGGUGAUACUGAUCCCAGCAUUCAUCCUCAUCGGGUUAUCCUGGAAUAUGACGAUGCUUUAUACCGGUUUGGCUCUGUACUCUUACGCGGCAGCAAUAGUCGUGCCCUGCCUGUCGAUGCUUGUUUCAGACCAUGGCGCAGCCAGUCAGAAGGGCACUGUGAUGGGAAUCCUGCGUAGUUUGGGGGCCCUGGCGAGAGCAUUCGGGCCAGUUGUGUCAUCCUCUGUUUAUUGGCUUGCCGGAGCUCAGACCUGUUUUCUCCUCACAGCUGCCUCUUUCGUGGUUCCACUUUUUCUCCUGAGCAAAACCAAGAGACUAGACUCACAAGCACAAGAAUCCAAAAAGACUUUUUAAGAGGAAAAACUCUUAUUUUGUUGCCUAAAAUGAAUGUUUUGUUUACAACUACGGGGAGAACAAAAUCAUCACAUGAUCAAGAAAAAAAUAACAAAAACAUAUACAGUAUGUUGAAUAGAAGAGUAGGUACAAAAUAUUUUAUUGUGUAGGUAGUAAAUGAAUAUAAUGCUGUUUUUUGCACAUUUUAUACACUGCAUAACUUAGGACAAAUGACAAAAAAUCUUUUAUACAUUUAGAAAUUUUAGAAAAUUUUCUAAGUAUUUUAUAAAGUCAGCACAGUGUUUUAUCUUCUAAAGCAGCAUUUUUGUUUUUCUCGCUGUGAAAUAUAUUGUAUUUUCUGGAAUAAAAAAAUUAUGUCGUUCA